AUGGCUCUCCUGUCUCUCUUCUUGGUCGUCUCCAUCCUGUGCGCUGCAACGCUCUGGAAGCGAUUUGCAAAUCGUCCCCACAAGCGUCUCCCCCCUGGUCUGAAGGAGCUACCAGGUCCCAAAGGUUAUCCUAUCCUAGGCUCUGUGCCGGAUGUGCCCGAGAAGAACAGCGCUGUCAAGUUCGCCGAGUGGGCAAAGGAGUACGGCCCAAUCUACCAGGUCAACCUCGCUGGCAGCAACCAUGUUUGGAUAUCGUCUGAUCAGGUAGCACACGAUCUUCUGUCCAAGAAGGGUGCCAUCUACUCAGACCGCCCUCACAUCCCUGCGCUCAUUGAUGACAACCGGACCAGUGGCCAGUAUCUUCCCCUAACAAGCAAGAAUGGCGCAUGGGCACGACAACGUAAAUUCGCAAACACCGUGAUGCGAGAGUCGGAGAACGCAAAGUUCCACCGUUACCCUGAACUCGAGGCGAAACGCAUGCUCGUAGAGUUGAUGGAACAACCAUCGCAGUAUAACCACGCAUUGGAGUCGUUCAUAUCUCGGGUUACAUGUCGCUUGGCCUGGGGUCACAGCGAAGCCAACGAGGAGCUGAAACAGAGAGCGCGUGAGCUUCUCAUCGGGGUAUCGCCUACUGGAGCAAUGGGCAACAAGCUCCCGUUCCUCAUGUCUCUUCCGGACUGGCUCUCACCACCCAAGGCAUGGGAACGACGACGUGCGAAGACUGAGCGGAAAUUCUUUGAGAUAAUGCAGAAGGACGUUGAGCAUGACAUGAAAGAAAAGAGAGCACCUCAGUCUUGGAUGAAGACAUUCCUCGAGCAUCGAGGAAGCUGGGGGUUCCAGUACGAUAUGGAAGGCGCGUACUCGGUCGGCAUGCAUGGUAUCGCUGGCGCACUCACCAUCGCGGCACCCAUGCAAACCUUCUGUCUCGCGAUGUGCCACUACCCGCAGUAUCUCCCGAUGCUCCAGGAAGAGCUCGACAGGGUCUGCGGAGAUCGCCCGCCUCGAUCGGAGGAUCGCGAGAACCUCCCGUUCUUGCGCGCUGUCAUCCGGGAAUGUCUGCGCUGGCGCCCACCUGUUCCCACCGGCAUCCCACAUUACCUGAUCCAAGACGACUCGUAUGCCGGCUACCACAUCCCCAAGGGCAGUGUGAUGCAUCCACUUGAAUGGGCCAUUUCUCGCGACCCCGCUAUGUUCCCAGACCCUGAAAUCUUCAACCCUCUGCGCUGGGUUAAGCCUGAAUUUCCGACUUAUCGCGAGCCGCUCUCGCAAUAUCCCACAGUGAUUAACUGCACGCAGUUUGGGUAUGGCCGCAGGGUGUGCCAAGGUCAGGGUGUCGCAGACGAGGACAUGUUGAUCGGGAUUGGAUCUAUCGCCUGGUUAUUCAACAUUGCGAAAAAAAGCGAAAAUAACAGUGACGAAGCCUGCAGCGACUCUGGCUACGACUCACAGUCCGAAGCCGAAGAACUUGACGAGAAAUAUGGUCUCCGACGCCACCACGCAAAUGCGACUAUCUCCGCCGAAGAGUUGAACGCUGGUCUGGAAAAGUCGGAAGCGACUGAAGAGCUUUUCUAUCCGGGUGCCUGGCCGGCUGCAGAUAUCGCAGAAGACGAGGCGCAUAUGGAAAAGGUUCGCGUCAAGACCAAGAAGUCUAGCCAAGAUCUUGAUCCAACACUUGACUACACAACACUGCUCAUAGCAAAGCCGGUACCAUUCGAAUUUGACUUGAGUGUCCGCACAAGAUAUCUAGCAGAGAAGGCUCGCUCUCUUUUCGAAGAGGAGCGGGCGAAGGGUGCUUACUCAAGUAGCAGAGCCUACUGGGGUGAGAGCCAAGGCCAAGGCAAAGAACUAGGCUGGGGAAAGGUGUAAGAGCAGCCGUGGGCUUCUUGGAAGUUUGGGAGAGAACUGCAGCAGCUGGCGGCAUAUCUCUUACGCAUCUCAUGAUGAGAAUGCGGGCUUCAGACUGAGGUAAACUUGAUACUCCCACUUGUCCGCAGGCAGACUUUAGGCUAGCGUGUUGGAGCUGGAGCGGAUUCGAUCAACUAUUGGAAGGAUAUGUGAACCGCGAGGACCCUAACUUUAAUGCCUUAUGCCUUUCUUUUACCUAUCUUAAACAUAUACCAGAUUGUCUAUCUCUACUACUCGUAUCUAAUUACCGCUUGAUAAAUCGCUUGUCGGGCUUCAUCCUUAGAAUACUUGUUAUUUCAUGGCACUACUAUUUCAGCCAUCCAACAUUAUGGGGAUAAAUCAAACUCCGGAC